AAAACUUUCUUACCUUUUUGGCUCCGGACUCGUAAAAUUAGUAUACAUGUUAGUAAAUGUAUGUCUAAUCAAGUAGUUUGUCUUCAAAUAUUAUGCCAAAAAAGGUUAAUGGUCGCUAACUUACGAUGUAAGACGUGAGAGUGACCACACUUAUAAGGCGGGCCGAACCCCAUGCCUUGUAAGUUGUAAGGCACUAUAUGGCAGACGUUUUUCCAACUGCAUGCAUUCCAUCCUUGUGACCCACACUGAUAUGCCUCCCCAUUGUUAAUUUUCAAUGAAAGUGCUUGGAAACUCAAUUUGUUGUCAUUUUGUAUGGAAUUGAAUGCACAAAUUAAGACCAGCAGGAAGCAGCUUCCCACUUGUGAGUAGUGAUAUGCCUUAUUGGAUUUAAUCCCAAUUCAUCCAGACUAGUCACUUCCAAAAUUAGAGAAUAUGCCUUUUUUCAGAGGACUACUCACAAGGAAAAAGCUUUUUUCCUCCGCCUCUGCAGAAAGACGGAAGAAAGAGCAUGAUUGUUAUUUACAGAAUGGAAGUUGCGUGCUUGAGGAGCUUCUUGCUUUAUGCGACGGAAAUUGCAGAAUUCCCAUCCAUUACUACACUGCCAUAGAGAUCGACAAUGCAAUUAGACACUCUAACAGCAAAAUGGACGUUGCUGGUAUGUCUAUGGUUACGGGAUUGCUAGACAACCGCACCGUUUUAGUUAGGUUCAACAAACGUUCAUCCAGCAAUAUCCACCGAGAUAUAGCGAUUACUGCUCAGAUGAGUCAUCUCAAGAAUGUGUUGAGACUUGUUGGUUGCUGUCUAGAAUUUGAACAACCAGUUAUGGUGUAUGAAUAUGUUGAAGGUAUAUCUCUUUUCGAUCUACUUUUCAAAAAGGGUAAUCCUUAUGAUCAAACUAGAAAAUCGCUAUUAUCUUGGGGAAAUAGAUUACGAGUUGCACGUGAUGUCGCUUCUGCAAUCGUUUUCCUCCAUACUGAAUUUACUACGCCCAUCAUCCACAAAUUUAUAAAUCCAUCUAUUGUGAUAAUAGAUGAGAAGAGCAGCGUUGCCAAAAUAGUGGACUUCUCAAACUCCAUAUCAUUACCUCCAGGGGAAUUGAAGGUAGUAGCUGAUCAUGUGAGUGGAAGAAUUGGGUAUCUAGAUCCAGAAUAUCUCCAGCAGUGUAUUAUUACUCAAAAGACUGAUGUCUACAGCUUUGGGAUUCUUCUCUUUCAGCUAUUAACCGGAAAGGACAUGAACAGUAUUUCUAGAAGAGCGGAUUUUACAAAUUCAAAAGAGAGAAUAGAUUUUGAAGAGGACGCUAAAUCCAAUACAGAAGAGGGUAGUGCUAUGAAUAGACUGGAUUCUAUAAUUCUGGAAGAGACAAUAGAUUUUAAAAAUCUUCCAAUCAACUUUGUCGAUCGCUAUAUUAAAGAGGAUAAUGUAAUGGAUAUAGCGGAUCCUAUCAUUUUAGAAGAGCAUGGAAUUGAGAUUCAACAACAGUUGGAAGACUACUUGGAUCUUGUUAAGAAAUGCACAGCUGAUAAGGGAGAUGAUAGACCAUACAUGAUUCAUGUGGCAAGGGAAUUAAUCCGAAUUGAAAAGUGUUUCCGUGCCCUCUCCCUUGGUUAAAAUUAAAUGUUUAUUUUAAUUCCUUGAGGUAUUUAUAUUAGGUUCCAAUUUCAAUGAAAUUCAAUUUGUUUGUACCCACAUAUAUAUGUUGACCAAAAAAUAAUAUCUGCAGACAAUGAAAUUGCCUAUCUGAUCUUUAUUUUGCUCUACUUAGAUUGAUUUCU